AUGUCUGACUUAAGUGAAGUAGCAGUGUAUUCAGAUUCAUCCGAUAUUUGUAAGAAUGUGUUCUGUAACCCUGCGUUUGAGCUCGAGGAAGAGAGGGAGGAGAGAGUGGAGGGAUACAGGACCAGCUCGUCUUCCACACCAGAGCCUCUCAAACCAGCAAAGACCAGUCCUCUCUGGGGCCUGGUUGGAGGGUGUGUGCGGAGGCUGCAGUGUCUGGGCUGUGGAUGGGGGGCGCUGUUGCUCACUGCUGCUGCUGUGCUUCUGCUGGCUGUAGUGGGACUGACCCUGGCUUUCAUACUGACAGAGUUGAAAGAGGAGGUCCUGGAGCAGCAGUGGUCGACCACAAUCUCUACAGAAGUCUUUAUCUCCAGAAGCGACACAACAUCUCAGUCUGCUCCCACUCACAGCAGCCGGUCACAAAGCACCACUGCUGCAGCCGUAACACAGACCCCCACCACCGAGACCAGCUGUGGAGGCGUCCUGACAGAUGCGGAGGGCAGCUUCACGUCCCCUAACCACCCCGGCUCGUACCCUCCCAACUCCUUGUGCGUGUGGGUGAUUCAUGCUGCUGCCCCGGCCCUGGUGCAGAUCCACUUGGGGGACAUGUCAGUGGAGGGUCCGUCUCCCUGUCUGUUCGACUGGCUCCAGGUGCAAGAGCAGAUGGAACAUACCUCCUUUGUCACCAGGUUUUGUGGAAACGUGGCCCCUCCGACUGUGAACAGCAACAGCAGCACAGUGUGGGUGACUUUCCGCUCAGACAGCAGCAUCUCAGGAACCGGCUUCAUCGCUCACUACAGAGCUGUUUUACCCGGAGGCCAGAGUUGCUCCAGAGAUGAGUUCAUGUGUGACGGUGGACGCUGCCUGCUCCCGGUGUCUGUGUGCGAUGGACAUCCUCACUGUGACGACCAGACGGACGAGGACAGCUGCAGCCACAAACACAGCGAUUGCGGAGGGCAGAAAACAGGACCAAACGGUUUCAUAGCAAGUCCCAACCACCCACUGCUAUAUCCUCAUCGACAAUUGUGCAUUUGGCAGAUCUCCGUCGCAGAGGGACAUGUGGUCACGCUGAGCUUCAGGAACUUCAGCCUGGAGCCUCACAACACGUGCGAGUUUGAUUAUGUGGAGCUGCACGAUGGAGCCGACAUAAGAGCCAGAGUUUUGGGAAGGUUUUGUGGCAGCUCUGUUCCUCCAAACAUCACCUCCUCAGGACCCCACAUGACUCUGGUGUUUGUGGCCGACGAUGGACUGACCGACAGUGGCUUCAAUGCUUCGUACCAGGCUGUGUCCCUCUUAGAAAGGACUUGUGGACCGGAGCAGUUUGCGUGCGGCUCAGGAGAGUGUCUCCAGAGGCAGUGGCUUUGUGACGGGUGGAACGACUGCUCUGACGGAGAGGACGAGCACCACUGCGGCAACUCCACCUUCCCCCCUUUCAGCUCGUCCUGUGAAGUCAUAGAGGUGGAGAUGUGUCUGGGUCUGAGUUAUAACCUCACCUCGUUUCCAAACAUCUGGUUGUCCAUCGCUGACCAGACGGAGGCGGCCUCACUGCUGCGUCACUACCAGGUGCUGAAGGAGCUGGCCUGUUUUGAGUCCUUCAGGAGGCUUCUGUGUGGGAUGUUUGUUCCCCACUGCAGUCCACUAGGGGGCGUGGUUCAGCCGUGUCGCUCCGUGUGCACCGAGGCCGAGCAGCGGUGCAGUCACGCCCUGGACACGCUCUCCUUCAGCUGGCCCUUUAACUGCGAUCUGCUGCGGGACUCACGGCAGACCAUGGAGUGCUCUGUGCCCUAA